AUGUAUACCCGAACAAUAUUCCUCAUGGCGUCAUUGGCCCUACCCAUGUUUGCCGCGCCCGUACCAACAAUUCAUGAAGUAAACAAGAGAGAUGUCAAUAUCGAACAACGGGAUAGCUUCUCUUUGCUCGACUCGUUGCGGGACGUUGUGAAAAGAUAUCCUAUCAUCGAAGCCAUACCAUCCGAUGUGACAUUCGAUGUCGAACACAAGCGUGACGGAGCGGACAUCGGAAUCAGUGCUGAGGACGAUGUGGCAGAAGAUGACGUAGUGGAAGGUGAUGAAGCGGAGCUGUAUGAGAGGGGCAUAACUCGCCACAAGGGUAAUGGCAAGCGAGGAAUUACCAAACCCAGUGGCAACGGCCGAAGAGGAAUCACCAAACCCAGUGGUAAUGGCCGAAGAGGAAUCACCCGUACCAAGGGAAACGGAAAGAGGGGGAUCACCCGAACCAAGGGUAACGGCAAACGGAGCCUCGUCGCGAGGGCUUUGGAAUACAUUCUUGGUUGA